CAUUAUCUCUCCUCCUCUUUCUCGUUAUCUCUCUCAUUCAUUCCCGAAAGUGCUGCUCUCUCUCCGUUUGGUGACCGAGAAAAAGGAAACUUCAAAUUGGAAGCAUAAAGCUGCGGGAACCCUGAAAAUAUCAUCUUGUCUCCUUCUUUAAUUGGCUAUCUGAAUGCAGGAGAACAUGAGCAUCUCUGUGAACGGACAAUCCCAGGUGCCUCCUGGUUUUCGGUUCCACCCAACCGAAGAGGAGCUUUUGCAGUACUACCUCAGGAAGAAGGUCUGCUACGAGAAGAUCGACCUCGACGUUAUUCGCGAUGUCGAUCUCAACAAGCUCGAGCCCUGGGAUAUACAAGAGAAGUGCAAAAUAGGAACCACCCCACAGAACGAUUGGUACUUCUUCAGCCACAAAGACAAGAAGUAUCCCACCGGAACUCGAACAAACCGGGCCACGGCUGCCGGAUUCUGGAAGGCGACGGGGCGGGACAAGGUGAUAUACGGCAACGGAAAGAGGAUUGGGAUGAGAAAGACUCUGGUUUUCUACAAAGGACGUGCCCCUCAUGGCCAAAAAUCUGAUUGGAUCAUGCAUGAGUAUAGGCUUGAAGAUAACAACACCAACACCGAGGCCAACAUUGUGACGAAUGUAAUAGGAGAUGCAGCACAGGAAGAAGGAUGGGUGGUGUGCAGGAUAUUCAAGAAGAAGAACCAUCUCAAAACCCUAGAGAGCCCCCUGGCUUCGUCCAUUACAGAGGAAACAAUCAGAAGCCACCAGCCCGACUCCAUGUUCGAAGGUGAUGAUGACGACGAGGGAGCUCUAGAGCAGAUCUUCGAGCAAAUGGGAAGAAGCUGUUGCAAAGAAGAAGAACAAAACGACCCCACCACCACCAACAACAACAACCGAAGAAUCAUCAGACCGUUUGACGACACUGUCAUGAACAACAACAACAACAACAACUUUAGCCAUGGCUACUUCCACCAUGACAGGUUCUUGAAGCUUCCUCGCUUAGAAAGCCCAAGAUCCAAUAAUUAUGGGUACCACCCGAUCAUUGAAGGGGCACAUGGCGGCGGCAGCGAGCACAGCUUUGUUCAUCAUCAAACGGAAUCGGCAACUUCAUCUGCUAAUGGUGGUCUUAUCACCAACUGGGCAGCACUGGAUAGGCUCGUGGCUUCGCAGCUUAAUGGCCAAACGGAGACUUCUCGGAGCCUAGCUGGCUUCAAUACCACCGGUGACCCCCCCAUGGGCUACGGCUUGAGCGACCAUGAUCUGCAACUGCCGACCCUGCGAUCUUCUUCGUCACUUUCAUCAAUAAUAUCAUCAUCAGCCCACAACGGCGGAGCUAAUUACGAUUACACCAGCGAGAUUGACCUCUGGAACUUUGCCCGAUCCUCAUCAUCGUUAGUGUCAGGCUCGGAACCACUAUGCCACGUGUCCAACACAUCAUCAGUGUAGCAGAAGAGAAUAAAGCCAGUCCAGUCCCUCCCAUGUCAGAUAUAAUUAGAAUAAAAUGAUGAGCAAAUAUAUAUACACACACAUAGAGAUGAUCAUGUUUCUAGUUCUGCUCAAGUCAGAGGAUGGUUAUCGUGUUCAUGGAUUAGUGUUUUAAUGGAAUUAAUUAGAAUGUCUUUGUUGUUACAAGCCGGAUCCAUCAGCUCAUAGCUUAUAUGACACCAGGAUCAAGCUUUUGAGUUAAAACGAAGAAGGACAAGGUCGAAGACUCCAAACCCAGCCAGCCGGUUCCUAUUUUUCUUCCUUUACUUUCAAAGGAGUUCUUUUUCCAUUGUAACAAAAAGGGGGAGAAAAAGGUUUCCAGAUAUAUUUUAUUCUUAAUUAUUUUGCAGUUAUUUUUCAGAUGGAGUGGCACUGUCAUGUGUCUCAACCUGGGCCUUUGCUUAAUCACGAUGUCUACCAUUCAUUAACCUUUUUGGGGGCUCUUGGUGAGAGUAUAUCAGAGAAAGAUAUGCACCCAGCAGGAACUCACUAGUGCUGUAGCCUGUGAGAUAGAUAUACAUAUAUCUUUAUAUUUGUGUGAA